AUGACAAAUGAGGCUGAAAAGGCUCAACGGCGAGUGUACAUGGGCCCGAUGGCGCGUUUCAAGUUCCAAGAUGCGUCCAACUACCUGGAGCUUGCGGGGCAAUGCUUCCGUGUUGCGAAGCGAUUUCAAGAUGCCGGAGUGGCAUACAAGCAAUGCGGUCGCCUGGAGGAGAAGCUAAACAACCCGGAGGUUGCGGCGUCGUUUUACCAUGAAGCUGCCCUCUGCUUUCAGAAAGACGAUCCACAAGAGGCCGCCGCGUGCUACCUAAGCGCAAUCAACCUCUUCUGUCAAAGGCAACUGUUUUCCACGGCGGCACGGCUAGAAUGCGAAGUGGCUGAGUUGAUGCAGAACGACAGGCCGCUCACGCGCUUGCUCUGA